GGAAGUAGAGUCAGCUGACUGUGUUUUAGCUCGAUGGCUAAAGGCUUCGAUUUUUAGGCUGUCGUUCCUGGACGAACACUGGAAACAGCUUACUGACUGACAGUUUUUAAUGAGAGUACCAUAGUGACUGGACCGAAAUGAUGAAAUUCCUGUUGGGCGUCGAGGCUCUCUGUUUGGCGAGUUUUGUGCUGCUCACUGAGGUUUCAGCGAAGAAUUCAGAAGACAUCCGUUGUAAAUGUAUAUGUCCACCUUAUAAAGAAGUAGAAGGACAUAUCUACAAACAAAAUGUCUCCCUCAAAGACUGUAAUUGUCUCCAUGUGGUGGAACCGAUGCCGGUGGAAGGCAAAGACGUUGAAGCCUACUGUUUGCGCUGUGAGUGUAAAUAUGAAGAAAGAAGCUCUGGGACUAUUAAGUUUACCAUCAUCCUUUACCUCUCUAUUUUGGGCCUGCUUCUGCUCUACAUGGUCUACCUGACCCUCCUGGAGCCCAUGUUGAAAAGGCGGCUGUUUGGACACUCUCAGCUUAUUCAAAGUGAUGACGAUGUCGUCGGGGACCAGCAGCCGUUUUCCAAUGCACACAGUGUCUUGUCCCGUUCACACUCUCGACCCAACAUGCUGAACAAAGUGGAGCAUGCCCAGCAGCGCUGGAGGAGGCAGGUCCAGGAACAGAGAAAGUCUGUAUUUGACCGCCAUGUGGUUCUUAGUUAAACAGUUGUCCGAGCUGUUGGUGGAGAGGAGACCGGAAGAAAACAACAUUUACGAAGAAAAUAAAACACUGUGAGAGACCCACUUUAAUUUGGUCAUACUCUUUAUUUAUGGUUUAGUUUUUGUAGGUGAACAUGGUACAAAAUUCUUGAUCUGUGAGGCUAAGGUUACCAGAAACACUUGUUUAGUCUAUGGGAAAAGAUUAUAAUGACUUUAAUUUUGCACAAUACUCAAAUGAAUAAGAAUGCGACUAUUCUGCAGCUUAAACAUUUUCAAGAUGGAGUUUCAUCUCUUAAACACUCCAGUCUUUCCAGUUUACAAAUUAAAUGGCAACAACUGGAUCAGUCAGUGGUCAGUAUUUAUGCCGUACGAACAUGAUGUAAAGCAGCUCAUCUCAUUUAAGCACAGAAGUGUGAAACAUGAGUUUGUCAUCUCUCUCUGGAAAAGCAUGUUUUAUAAAAGCUCUUUUUCUAAAUACGUCCACCCUUUUGUCCUACCACUUGUUUAAAUGUCUUACAAAUAGUGAAAUGUUUUACAUGAAAAUUGACGUUUAAUGAAGCUCUGCAGAAAUCAAAAGCGAUUUGGCUAACAUAGCUGUGUUACUGAUUCUGACCCUCUCUGACUGUGUAACAUAUUUACUGUAUAGUCUUUGAUAUAUAUUGUGAUUGGUUAGGAAUCAGCUCCUUAAUGAAGUCCUCUAAUAGACAGUGUGGAUGUGGAAGAUUUCAGUUACUCUGAGCUCAUUGAAGUUUAUUUUUUAUAAAGUUUGGGUGGCCUGUAUAGUCCUCAAGGUGGAUAAACCACCACUAGAAGGAGACCUGUGAAAGUGUUCUUAACUAUUGUUUAUGUGUAAUCUUUGACUCUUAAAUAAAUUUGUGAAAUA